GGUACAAUCCGAUCCAAUAUAUGAUGCCAUCAUCGUCGGGCUUCGCCGAGUUGAAGAUCGACCACCCUGGGUCGACGAACGGCUUCGCCAUUGGCGACGGCUUCAACAAGCGCGUGUGCGACGGCGAGCACGAGUUGCUCAUCAGAUGCUACCCCCGUGGCUGCAAGGUGCACGACGACGGCGAGUACGUGUCUCUGCGCAUUGUCCUGGUAGCGAGGUCCAGCCACGUUAAAGACGCCAUCGCCUGCGCCUUCCUGCAGCCCGCCGGCGGCGGCGGUCCGCCGCCGAUCUGCUGCACGGAGAAGGCUCUCCCGGUGAGAGAGUCCGGGCGCGUGUAUGCCUACGGCGCCGCGUUCCGCCGCUUCGUGAGGCGGAGCGACCUCGAGCCGCGGUAUGUCGUCGACGGCGCGGUCACCGUCGUCUGCGGGGUGGUGACCUUCGACGGCCACGGCGAGUGCGACCGGUCUAUACGCGUCCCGCAGACGAGCCUGGGCAGCCAGCUCGCCGCCAUGGUGAACCGCGCCGACUGCUCGGACGUACGCUUCUCCGUCGGCGGCGAGAUGUUCUACGCGCACCGUGCGGUGCUCGCCGCGCGCUCGCCGGUGUUUGGCGCGGAGCUCCUCGGCUCCAUGGCGGAGUCCACCAUGGCGUGCAUCACGCUGGACGACGUCGAGCCGACCACGUUCAGAGCGCUGCUCGAGUUUGUUUACACGGACGAGCUGCCGGCGAGGCCCGCCGGAUUGAGUUCGACCGAAUUCCACAAGAGGCUGCUCGCGGCGGCGGACAGGUACGACCUCGACAGACUGAAGCUGAUGUGCGCUCAAAAGUUGUGGGAGAGUGUGUCGGUGGAGACGGCGGCGGCGACGCUAGGCUACGCCGAGAUGUACAGCUGCCCAGAGCUGAAGAAGAAGUGCAUCGAGUUCUUGAUGACGGGCAACAACCUUAACAAGGUAGCAGUCACCGACGACUACUUCCAUCUUCGGGAGGAUUUUCCGUUGGUUAUCAAAGAGAUAAAAACGCAGAUUGGGAGCUUGCCAUCUUCACCUGUCGUGUAUGAGCGUGCUGCUAAAAGGUCAAAAAUUCAGUGAGCAAGUGAGCAUUUUUGGAUUUGGUUCUCAGAGUACAGUUUUGGACGGAGUGGGGGCAUUCAUGCCAAGUACAAAAUUCGGGAUUGCAAUAGGUUAGGGCUACAAAAUUCUUUAUUGACGGAAAUUUUGUAAAAAUCCAUCAAAUUUUUAGGUUGUUGGAUUUGCUCCGGAGGUUCAUAUUUUUUUUUUGCUUUUUGAAGCAAA